AUGGCGGAAAAAGGGGCCUCGGGGGCCUCGGUUUCGCGUUCGUCGGGUUCCGCGGGGGUUCCGGGCGCUGCAGCGGGCUCUGCCGACGCAGCAGCAGCAGCAGCAGCAGCAGCAGCAGCAGCAGCAGCAGCAGGUCCCUGGAACGCGCGUUUCUGCGAAGCAGGCAGCCGCAAGCCCCACCCCUGCCCGCACAGCAGCAGCUACUACUUGAAGUGCAUGCUGGGGGGGGUUUUGUCUUGCGGAAUAACUCACACAGCCGUUUGUCCCUUAGAUGUAGUUAAGUGCCGCAUGCAAGUGAGGCCCCAGGAGUACAAGGGUUUGCUGCAGGGCUUCCGGCUGCUGCUGCAGCAAGAGGGGCCCCGGGGGCCCCUCCUGGGCUGGGGCCCCACACUCUGCGGCUACGGGGCCCAGGGCCUCUUCAAGUUUGGCUGCUACGAGCUCUUCAAGGACUGCUACAGCAACUGGCUGGGCGAGCGCUGCUGCAGCAGCAGCAGCAGCAGGGGCCUCGUGUGGCUUGCUGCUGCUGCUUCAGCAGAGUUCAUUGCAGACUUGGCUCUUUGUCCUUUUGAAAUGAUUAAAGUUAAAGUCCAAACAAGUCCCCCUGGCCUCUGGCCCCACAGCCUCGGAAAGGCAGCCAGAAAGAUGCUGCAGCAGCGACACGAAACCAAGUUCCCAAAGGGUGCUGAGAAGGUCGCGGACGCGGAGGCUGGCUAG